UCUGCUGGGAGUUUAGGGCGCCUCAAAUUCUCUAAACACAUUAAGUCACGCAUGCAUUAUGUCAUCACACACAGGUUAUACACCCACGGUGCUUACACACACCCACCUGCUGGCGCCUUUAGCUCCCUAGGACAGUUUGGGGACGUUUAUGUACCCUGGCUGUGACUUCUAUUGGCCAGCGCUAACCUGGACGAAAAGUAAAUAUCUUUCAGGACAGCUGUGUCAAUGGAUUCUUUCACAAUAAUAGAUCAUUAACCUGUUUUCCAGCAACGAUGCUGUUCCCCGAGUACUACGACAGCCAACUCAGAAGCAAAAUAGUCUCGCUGAUAUCAAUAAAAUGCCACUUUCAGUUUAUAACAUUCUGUUGUGCUGCGCAGCAGAGAAGUUGGAGCACAUCCUGCUCUCAGGCUAGAUAACACUCGCACUUCCCACUACUGAAUGAGAAGGUGGGAAAUCAAGUGGUGAGAAGACAAACAGGACACCACAGCAGACUCUGGGCAUUUUCCACAUUUUCAAUUUCUGGGCACAUCUCUUAAUGGAACAAAUGUGGACUCAUACGGAGAAGCCAAGCAGGGCAUGGCUUUAAGCAGACUUCUGCUGCUCUGUAUGAUAGCCUCUGAAGUGUGGGACAGUGAGACCAAGUCCACAGAGUUUGUGUGCAGUAGAGCAGCCAGAAAGGCUUUGAAUAUUGUGCCCAAGAUGUCCAGUGCACUGAGUAAUUGUAAUGGCUCGGCAACCCUCUCCACACAGGUUCAGCUACCCUGCACUGAGCUUCACGCAGCAUCUUGGGAACACAAAUCGGAGCGGGAGAAGAGAGGAGAGAUAGUUGCAUCUUUAAGGCUUCUUGUCGAGGGUGUGAAGUCUGAAAGGAGCCUCAGACCGGCAGGAUGUGGCGCUUUGCUGCUGCAGAGACUGGAGAACAACAUCAACAACUACCUGCUCAUCCUCACUCGCCUUCAGCUGAGCGGGGCAGUGGUGACUCCAUCGCUGUCUUGUGUUCCUCGAAGCACUCAGAGUCUGAGAACAGUCCUGAUGAGUUACAACCUGCUGAUCUCAGCCAAGCUGGAGUGGUUCAUGGUUGGCCUGGAGCACAAGUGCACCAAUUCCCGGUGACACGGGAGCAGCUUUUCACUACUGCAGCUGGGGGUCGCUCACGAAGGAGGUCCAUCAAAGCAAAAACUGGAUUGAUCUACAUUUUUUUCCGUCACCUUUUCGCAGAAGUCACUGUUAUGGAUGUUCUGUUUUUCAUAGCCAGAAGAGAGUGAAUAUUUCACUAUCUGUCGGUCAUUAAGAGAAAGCAAAGCCAGGGUAAUAUGAAUAUAAGAAAAAUGAAUGUAUGAUAUUGAGGCGUUUUAUGUUUGUUUGUUUUAGUUUUAUCUUUGUAUCAUUCUGCAGGUCAGUGGAGAUGCUUUAAAUACGACUGUAAGCCUGUAGAUCCUACAACAGGCUAAAAUCUGCCAUGUAGCGUUUUUAUGAUGCCUUCAGACAACAUCUGUAUUAUCUAAAUCCUGGUUCCAGAUGUUUUUCAGCUUAAUAAUGUAAACAGAAUGAGACUUAUUCCAACAUAUUUGUUGCUCUUCAGCCCUGCUAAUGCUGCAAUAUCUUUUUAGGAGAAAGCAAAUGUGUUUUUCUCUUUGCACUUUUAAAUCUUAUCUUGUUUACCCUUUAAAUAAGAGCAUUGCUAAAUAAGUAUGCUGCUAUUAUUAUUAGCAUUAUUAUUAUUAAUAUGAUUAUUAUUUGCUUUUCUAGUACAAGAAAUCUCCGUAUUGUUGGAAAAUUUCUCGAUAGAAUUCAUAUAUUUUGCAUUUAAAGAUACAUUAUUCAAAAUAAUUGUGAUACAGGACUUUUAUAAUAUAGACGGAAGACAGAAAGACUGUUUUCUGUUUUUUACUAAUCAUUUAAUUUAUUUUAAUUGAUUGUUGUCUAAUAAAAACAAAAAAGAAGCUAAUUAUAAGGAGACG